AUGGGCGGGUCGGAGAGGACCGUUGUGUGGUUCAGGAGGGACCUCAGGAUCGACGACAACCCGGCUUUGGCCGCCGCCGCCAGGGACGGCGCUGUGCUCCCUGUCUUCAUAUGGUGCCCGGCCGAGGAGGGGCGCUUCUACCCCGGCCGCUGCUCCCGGUGGUGGCUCAAGGAGUCGCUUGCCCACCUUGCCAGGUCGCUGGAGGCGCUCGGCUGCCCGCUCGUGCUGAUCCGAGCUCAGAGUACUCUUGCCGCGCUUCUGCAGUGCGUCGAUUCCAUCGGCGCCACCAGAGUGGUCUAUAAUCAUCUAUACGACCCUAUUUCACUUGUGCGGGAUGACAAAAUCAAGAAUGAGCUUUUGGGCCUUGGAAUUUCUAUGCAGAGUUUCAAUGGUGAUCUGCUAUAUGAGCCAUGGCAAGUUUAUGAUGAGAAUGGGCUUGCAUUUACAACGUUCAAUAUGUAUUGGGAAAAGUGCAUGAAAUUGCAUAUCGAGAUAUCAUCAUCUCUUGCCCCUUGGAGGUUGGUGCCUGUCUCAGGUAGUAUAGAAAACAUUUGCAGUAGUUCAAUUGAUGACCUAGGUCUUGAAUCAAGUAAGGAUGAGGAAUCAAGCAAUGCUUUGCUAAGCAGGGCUUGGUCUCCUGGCUGGCGCAAUGCGGAGAAGACACUUGAGGAUUUCGUGUCUCAUGGUCUCCUAGAUUAUUCAAAAGACGGAAUGAAGGUUGCAGGAACUACAACAUCGUUACUGUCACCAUAUCUUCAUUAUGGUGAGGUGAGUGUAAGGAAAGUCUAUCAACUUGUCAGGAUGCAACAGAUCAAGUGGGAAAAUGAGGGGAAAUCCGGAGCUGGGGAGAGUGUUAACUUGUUCCUGCUGUCAAUUGGUCUUCGAGAAUAUUCACGUUACUUGUGUUUCAACUUCCCAUUCACACAUGAAAGGUCGUUGCUCGGGAACUUGAAACACUACCCCUGGCGAGCAGACGAGGACCGGUUCAAGUCCUGGAGGCAGGGAAUGACAGGAUACCCGUUAGUAGAUGCUGGCAUGCGGGAGCUUUGGGCUACUGGCUGGACACAUAAUCGUAUAAGAGUAAUAGUUUCAAGCUUUGCUGUGAAAUUUCUACUAAUUCCGUGGACUUGGGGGAUGAAGUACUUUUGGGAUGUGCUGUUGGAUGCUGAUAUAGAAAGUGAUAUUCUUGGCUGGCAGUACAUAACUGGGUGUUUGCCUGAUGGACAUGAGCUUGGUCGUCUUGAUAAUCCAGAGGUUCAAGGUCAAAAGUAUGACCCAGAUGGUGAAUACGUAAGAACUUGGAUUCCAGAGCUAGCUAGAAUGCCAGGGGAAUGGAUCCAUCAUCCGUGGGAUGCACCGAGCUCUAUACUAGAAGUUGCUGGUGUUGAGCUAGGCUUUAACUAUCCUAUGCCCAUAGUAGAACUUCACACGGCUCGGGAGUGCUUAGAUGAUGCCAUCUCCACAAUGUGGCAAUUGGAUACAGCCGAAAAACUUGCAGAAUUAGAUGGUGAGGUUGUUGAAGACAAUUUGAGCCAUAUUAAGAGUUUUGAUGUCCCAAAAGUUGUUUUGAAGGAACUAUCUCCAGGUGCUCCUCACUGUGAUCAAAAAGUGCCCACUGAUGAUGGCAGGAAUCUUGAGUUACAACCUAAGGAACUGAAGGGCACAAAUAAACAGACCAUUUGUGUUGAUGUGAUCAAGGCCUCAAAUAUGGAAGACACAGGCUCCAUAGCAAACUCUCCGAUAUCAAGGAAAAGAUCCAGCAGCGGGAGUGUGUUUAAUGUCCCAUCUUGUUCAUCUUCAGUCGAAGUGCACUCACGGAAUCAGCAUCCUGGUGGUUAUUUAGUUGGGUCGUCAAAAUAUAUCCUGCAGAAAGCAGAGAGGAACUGGGUUGGUAAGGCUGAAGAUGAUGACAGUGCCGAUAGCUGUACAGACACCUCAAGAGCAUCCAAGAGACCUGCCGCCUGA